AUGUGGAACCGCCAGGGCUGGAAGUCCAUGUCGAGACAGCAGUUGUUGAGACUUGUUACAACUGCCUCCGCCGUUGCCAUCUCCUACGAAGGCAUCAGUCAGGGCGUCAUGGGAGCUGUGACCGUUGCACCCGAUUUUGGGCGGCGUAUGGGAUAUACAAACGAUGGAAACGAAGUUAUCAAACCCACGCUGCAGGGCGGCAUCGCCGCCAUUGGCUCUCUAUUCGCAGCCUUUUGGGCUGGCAGCUUCUCUGACAACUACGGUCGGAUCAAGGGCAUGUGGAUGGCCUGCUUCUGGUGCAUGGCGGGGGUCAUCCUGCAAGCCUCUGCCGUCAACCUCGCACACAUGCUUUGCGCACGUUUCGUUGCCGGCAUGGGUGUGGCAUUCAUACUUGUCAUUGCGCCUAUGUGGACUGCCGAGCUCUCUGCUGCAUCACAUAGAGGCAAACAAAUCGCCCUCACAUUCUUGGCUAAUUUCUCUGGUAUCGCCCUCGCCGCAUGGAUCGGCUUCGGCACGUCUUUUACUGAGGCAGGCGGUGGACAGUUUCGCUGGCGGUUCGAGUUCGCGAUUCAGGUCAUUCCCGUUAUCGCCCUGGCCAUACUGAGCCUUUUGGUCCCGGAAUCCCCGCGAUGGCUGGUCAAGGCUGGUAGACCUGAUGAAGCAUUGGAAAUUAUUGCAAAACUGCGCGGGAAUGGUGACGCCGAACACCCCGACGCGCAGAAGGAAUAUCGAGAGAUUGUGACCGUAGUAGAAGAGGAGUCUCAGUAUGCCAAAACCAACUACUUCAAGAUGUUCUUUGGUAUCGGGUCUGGAGACAUUCAUCUUGGCCGCCGUAUCCAGCUGGCUUUCUGGCUCCAGGUGCUCAUGCAGUACGGUACUGGAAUCGCCGCUGUCGUUAUAUAUUCUGGAACAAUCUAUCGCACAGCCGGCUUUGGUAAUGUCAAGUCCGGCUGGCUGUCCGCUUUGCUGAUGCUGGUUGGUAUCCUCGGUACUGCCAUCGCAGCCUUUACCAUCGACAGGGUCGGCCGUCGACGUACCCUUUACUGGGGUGCCAUAGCCCUCAGUAUCACGCUGUUCAUCAUCGGCGGCCUAUUCCGGGGAGCCAUCGACAACCCUGACAAGGCUACCCAGUACGGCACGGCAGCUGCAGCCAUGGUGUUUGUCUAUCUCUUGAUCUUCAGUUCUUCUUGGCUGUUGAUACCUUUCAUAUAUCCGACCGAGAUCUUUCCCACCUGGCUCCGAGCCAAGGGGAACGCAUUUGGUGUGGCCGGCUGGGCUAUUGGCUAUGGUGGAGGUUCUCUCUUGGUGCCUGUCAUGUUUUCUGGCAUUAACGAAAAGACUUUCUACGUUUUUGGAGCUGCCAUGUUUGCAUAUAUUCCCUUGGUAUACUGCUUCCUUCCCGAAACUGCUGGCCGUACAUUGGAAGAGAUGGACUAUCUGUUUGCCAGUAAGAGUGCGUUCACUUGGGACGAGGAGAAAGAAUUUGCUAAGCGUACGGCUCUCUUGCAUGAGAGAUUGAACAAAGGGGACGGGAGCGACACGAGCGCACAGGAGAAGUCAAUUGAAUCGCAUACGGAGGUAGUAUAA